GUUACGCGCGGCCGGCACCGUGACGUAAGUUCCGGUCACGGCUGACUUCCGAGGCAGACGCGGAAGUGCAGGGAGGCACCGGGAGCCGGGUUCAGUUGCAGGAUUUCUGGCCCAGCCCUGCGCCUCGUGAAUGUUCUAGAGAGGUCGAUUCCUAGAGGCCCGCUUCCACCAGCCAAGACCACACAAAGCCGGCGCUAGGGGCCACUCCUCGUCCGAGGAGCUGAUGCCGGCCGCUCCCUGGAGCCCCCGUAGCGGGGCCGGACCAUGAGCCUGCUGGGCGGCCUGGCCUCCUCGCCGCGGGCCCCGCUGCAGUCCAGCAAGGCCAGGAUGAAAAAGCUCCCGAAGAAGAGCCAGAACGAGAAGUACCGGCUCAAGUACCUGCGGCUGCGCAAAGCGGCCAAAGCCACGGUGUUUGAAAAUGCUGCUAUUUGUGAUGAAAUUGCUCGUCUUGAGGAAAAAUUUCUUAAAGCUAAAGAAGAAAGACGGUACUUGCUAAAGAAGCUCCUCCAGCUCCAGGCUCUAACUGAAGGGGAAGCACAGGUUGCAGCUCCUUCCCACAGCUCCAGUUUUCCCCUGACUUACGGUGUGGCCAGCUCUGUGGGAACUAUCCAGGGAGCUGGGCCGAUUUCUGGGCCUAGCACUGGAGCUGAGGAACCAUUUGGGAAGAAAUCCAAGAAGGAGAAAAAAGAAAAAGGCAAAGAGAACAACAAACUGGAAGUUCUGAAGAAAACAUCCAAGAAAAAGAAAAUGGAGGCAGGUGCUCGCAAGCUGGUUCAGCCCAUUGCCCUGGAUCCCUCAGGACGGCCUGUGUUCCCCAUCGGACUGGGGGGUCUAACAGUAUAUAGCCUGGGGGAGAUCAUCACCGACCGACCUGGCUUCCAUGACGAGGGUGCCAUCUACCCUGUGGGCUACUGCAGUACUCGGGUAUACGCCAGCAUGAAGACCCCAGACCAGGAGUGUCUGUACACUUGUCAGAUCAAGGACGGUGGCACACAGCCUCAGUUUGAAGUUGUUCCUGAAGAUGAUCCCCAGAAUGCCAUUGUCAGCUCUUCUGCAGAUGCCUGUCAUGCAGAACUGCUCAGGACCAUAAGUGCUGCUAUGGGGAAACUAAUGCCUAGCAUGCAUCCAUCUGGAGCUGACUUUUUUGGGUUUUCUCAUCCAACCAUCCACAACCUGAUCCAGAGUUGUCCAGGAGCUCGAAAAUGCGUCAAUUACCAGUGGGUGAAGUUUGACGUGUGCAAACCUGGAGACAGUCUGCUGCCGCCCCAAGGACAGCUAGAGAAUGAUGCAGCUACAAGCUUUGAAGCCUUUCAGAGACAGACCUUCCAUAAAGAUCAUAAUGAUCCCAUUCUACAAGGAUCUUUGGACCUCCCAGAGCUUCAGCCUACAGCCUUUGUGUCUUCUUAUCAACCCAUGUUCCUGACACAUGAACCCUUGGUAGAUACCCACCUACGGCACCUGAAGGCUCCGUCGCAGUGUAGCCCAGCUCAGUCUUCAGAUUGAACAGGAAGGGAUCGAUAACCACAUCAUUUUCAUCAGGAUGGAUUUUUUAACUUAAACUAAAACUUAAGACUAUAUGGAAGAAGGCAGCGACUCAAGUGAAGAAGAUAGUAAAUUAACACAUUUUGUCGCGGAGGUUCCCAUGGUGACAGCUUUCCUGGGAAAAACUCAGCUGCUUUAUUUUUAGUAAUAAAUUUUUCUUGACA